AUGAGGAGACAGAAGGAGAAGAGACAGAUGAGGAGACAGAAGGAGAAGAGACAGAAGAAGAUGGAGAGACAGAAGAAGAACCAGAUAAAGAAGAAGAGACAAGGGGAAGAGACAGAAGAGGAGACAGAAGGAGAAGAGGGAGAGACAGAAGAAGAGACAGGAGAAGGAGAAGAGACAGAAGGAGAAGAGACAGAAGAAGAUGGAGAGACAGAAGAAGAACCAGAUAAAGAAGAAGAGACAGAAUCAGAGACAGAAGAAGAGACAGAAGAAGAGACAGAAGAGGAGACAGGGGAUAGAGAGGAGACAGAGGAGGAGACAGGCGAGGAGACAGGAGGGGAGAGAGAGGAGACAGUGAAUAGCUGUCUCCUCGCCCUCAUUGCGUUAUAUCCUUCUUGUUUAAAAUUUAACUCGAAAUGUAUAUUUUGUUUAAACUGCUGA